GGAGGGAGGGGGGGGGGGGGAGCAUGAAACCCAGCGGAGGCUCGUCUACACCAAGGCUUCGCACACUGGCAGCUGACGGGACGAACGCCUCAGAGACACCGGCACCCGCUCGGCGAGCUCCUCCCACCGAGCGCCUCGCGCCGCAGCGGAGGACUCCUGCUCCGCCUCGCGCCACCUCUGCACACAGCGCGAGCGGCGGCAGCAGUAGCGCACCCGGCUGCGACGGCGCACAGUCCCGCUGGAUCGUUAACCGCGCGCGUGUGGGAUACGCGAGGGCGCACGGAUCUCCGCGUCCGCAUUUGUGAUCUAUUCUUUUUAUUUUUUAUUUUUUGGAGGGUUUUUUUGUGUUGCCAGGCAAAACAAAGUCGGAGCAGCCAUGAGAGUUCAUCCUGCAUCUGCGACACCCCUCCCCGACCGCCUCUGACCCAACCCGAUUCAGCAGAACAAACAUGUCAGCGUGCAGCGACUUUGCAGAACACGUGUGGAAACCCGGCUCCUGUAAGAACUGCUUCAACCCGCUCAGCGCGCACAAGGCCGCCGGCUGCCUGGAUGGCGGCGCGCCGGCUUGCGUGAGAGGCGGCCCUGGAGGCGAUGAAGAGGCUGAAGUGACGGCGCCUUCGCCCUACAGCAAGCCGACCAUCGCCGUCAAGCCCACCAUGAUGAGCCUUGACACCGCCGAGUCGACCGACGUCAACAUGAACAUCGAGCAGGAGAACACAAAGAGUCCCGUCGAGUGUUUGGACCUGAAGAAGCUCUUGGACCUGUCCACCUUAUUCAUUGACAGUAACGGAUGCAACAAAUCCCACAGAGAGGCAGCUCUUCAGAGUCCCGAAGCCAAGAAUGACAACAACAACUGCUUCCCUUUGUCGCCCGUGUCCCCCAAAAUCCCCAAGGACUCGGUGAUCAUUAGUAGCAUCUUCGUCACCCAGGAGGAGAGCAGAGGCUCCCAGAGUUUAAAGAAAGACGUGGGUGGAGAAACCUGCCGACAGCAGAACGGCGCGACCGCUUUUAAAGCCAAGAGCACUCACAAUGGAAGCCAUCAGGACUCCCAUCAGGCAUCUGUGGAAUUACCUAUGUCAUUGGAUAUAGUCCCUUCUCCUGCCACGACCCAGAGCAUUGGUAUCAGCCCUGUGACUACUCCCACUGUUACCACUAAGACCUCCAGCACUUGCACCACUUCCCCCACCAAAGCCUUCAGUUUGGACAUGAGUAGCUGCAGCCCUCCACCGCCCCUCCACUCUGUUCCCAUCCGGUUGGACUCGUCCCGUUCCUAUCAUAGCAGCGUUGACUCACUUGCUUCCAAGUCAGACAGUCCCCAGAGUCCAGCAGCUCUGACUAGCCCCCAGUCUGCCCCCAACUCUCCCAAUGACCAGCCCGUUUCCGAACCCAUUUACGCAGAAAGCACCAAGAAAAAGCGGCGGCCGCAUGGGAGUGCGGUGCACUCCCUCCGAGAGUCUCCAUCUCAGAGUAAGGACUCGUCAAGUUCUGAGCUGGAGGUUUCUGGAGAGCAUCGGGCCACCAUCACUGUAAUGGCUGCUCACACGGAGGAGAAUAACAGGACUUUCUACCUGAGCAGCCCGGAUUCAGCCGUCAGCACCCAGUGUCACUUCAGUCCACCAGCACGUAAAGACUCCAGUAGCUCGGCAUUCCGCUGGCCGAGUCCCAGCCACAGUGCACCCUGUCUGACCUCGGAGGCCGGUCUCACUCCAUCUCUGCACCACAAGCCUCAGUCUAGUCCACCUAUCCCCCCAAAGAGGAACUCCCGCUCUCCAAGACUGGGCACCUCCAGUCUCUCACCGUCCAUGUCUUCUCCAGUCCCUCUUCCGGAACUUCCCAAACUGGGCGUGCCCGGUCUCUCGCCAUCCAUGUCUUCUCCCGUCCCUCUCCCAGACCUUCCGAUGCUAUUCCUGGUCUCUGCUAGAGAGGGCCACUUCAAAGUCAACGCAGAGAACCCCAGCGCCGCAUCUGAGCGCUGGCACAAGCACCACCACCACUGCCGCAUCGAGGAAGAACAAGAGGAGGAGGAGAGAGAGCGGAAAGAGGGGGAGAGGAAGAAGCUCGCCACCAGCCCGGGGACCACCUCUCGGGGGACAGCCCUGGUCAAUGGUGCCACUGUCUGGAAGGAAGCCAAGGACUGGAAGGUCCACAGCAGCCCCCCUCCGAAGACAGCGCCAGGCACAGCCCCCUCGCUUGUCCCCAACAAUGGUGCCUGUCAAGGGGAGACCGGGGGCAUCGGUGCAGAGGAGGAGGGCAAGCAUAACGGGAGCAUGCCAGCCAAGCAGCCGAUGCACGGUGGCCCAUCAGAGCCACCAGCUGCCGGAAAGGGAUCUGCCAGUAAUGAGCCUCAUCCUCCACCUCCUCCACCUAAGAAGCUGCACAGGGUGUGCAGCAAGAUGAGCGGCAGCAGCAUGGAGCUGGAUCGCUGCAGCCCCACGUCCUCCCUGUGGGGCCUGCCCACGGCCUCCACCGACAGCCUGGUCGCCGACGCCGGUUCUCGGGAUGCUGCACGGAUGUCGUGUUCCUCUCCAUUUUCCAGGAGCCCCGUGUCCUCGGCUCCCGGCUCCCCUCACCCGCCCUCGUUUAAGGGUCUGAGCGCGCAGCCGCCUCCGCUACCAGAGAAAAAGCUCAUCAACCGCACGGCGUCGGCUCCGGACAGCGCCAACGGGAGGCCGUUCGUCCGGCCCUACCCGCGGCUCCCCUUCACGGGCUCAGAUGUCAACGUGUGCCGACCUGCCGACUCCGGUUCCCGGUCCAGUUUGCCGUCCAGCCCUCUGGACCCACGGCCCAUCUUCUCCUCCAACGAGUCUCUGGAGCGGUGCCACGCCCUGCAGGCGCGACCCUCCAGGUCUCGGACGCUGGACGAGCCCCUGAAGACUCACGGGCGUCUCGGCGUCCACUGCCGAACCAGCGCCACCUGCUCCUCCUCCCCUCAGCUCAGCGCGCCGCCGUCGUCCUCGGAACCGGGCCUGGCGCCGAACCUGGGCUCCAGCCUGCAGCUCCAGACCCUGCUGAGCAACAUCGACAGCCGAGAGGGCGUGUACUCCAAACUGGGAGGCCUGUACGCCGAGUCCCUGCGGCGCCUGGCCCUGAAAUGUGAGGACCACUUCACCCGCUCCCAGAAGAACCCGCUCCGGUUCGAGGAGAGCAACUGGUCUCUGUUCAGGCUGACGUCCAACAAGCCAAGCUGCACCACGGGAGACGCCGUGUACUACUCUGCUGCCUGCGCCUCAGACCCCAGCAACUCCUACGCCGUCAAGAUCUGCAAGAGUGCGUCCAUGGAGGCCAAGCAGGGCCACCUCUACGGCCUGUCGGUGCAGCAGAGCAUGCCCCCCCACUUCAACCUGCAGCAGGACCGCGGCCACUUCCUGGCCUGCGUCCCGCAGAGCAUGCUGCCGCCCGACGAGGCCGCCGCCCCCACGCCGGCGCCGCCGCCACCGCCGCAGCCCUCCGUGCCCUCGCCUGCCUCCGGCCAACAGGUGGACCAGGAGCGCGUGGUGGUCAUCACGCCCGAGAUCCCCCAGCAGACGGCCUCGGACUUCGUCCGGGAGUGGGCGUCGUUCCAUAAAACCCAACCGGAGGUGUACGAGCGGCGCGUCUGCUUCCUCCUCCUGCAGCUCUGCAACGGCCUGGAGCACCUGAAGGAGCACGGGGUCACGCACCGCGACCUCUGCUUAGAAAACCUGCUGCUGGUCCCUCACCAGCGCAGGCCCCCCCACUUCCACCUGCACACCAACCACGACGGCAGCGCGUCCGGCGGCGCCAACAUCCAGCGCCACCUCCCGCGCCUCCUCAUCAGCAACUUUGCCAAGGCCAAGCGCCGCUCCCCGGAGGACGCCGCCUCGACCUGCGCCGACCCGCGCGUGAAGCGCGACCACGCCCGCCUGGCGCCGGAGAUCGUCUCCGCGGCCCAGUAUCGAAAGUUCGACGAGUUCCAGACGGGCAUUUUGAUUUACGAGCUCCUGCACCAGCCCAACCCGUUCGAGGUGAACCCGGCGCUGAAGGAGCAGGACUACCGCUGCGAGGAUCUGCCGUCCAUCCCCUCGGCCUCCCUUUACUCAGCCGGGCUCCAGAGGCUGGCGCAGCUGCUGCUCCAGCCCGACCCCAUCAAGCGCAUCCACAUCCAGGAGGCCAAGCGCAUCCUGCAGAGCCUGCUCUGGGGUCCCAGGAGGGACCUGAUGGAGCAGCAGCUGGAGAGGCACGCGCCGGGCGGCAGCUUCGCGGACGGAGCCCGACACGAGGGCCUCCUCAACUGGCUGGACGUGAAACGGGCCCUGCUGAUGAUGAAGUUCGCGGAGCUCUCGCUGGAGCCCGAGAGGAACGCCGAGCUGGAGGACUGGCUGUGCUGCCUGUACUUUUCCUCCGCUCAUCCUCUGUCCCUGUGCCACACUGCUGAUCUGCUCUACUCACUAAAGUAACGGCGCGCUUUAGGAAGUGAGUGGAGCUAGGUUUAUAUGUGAAUCUGUGAACGGUCAGAACCACCAGAAAUGUUGACUCUUGUAUCUAGACCCCCAGAAGGGGUGAGUACCUGGAGAUGCUGUGAACCCGCCUUCCCGUGUGUCGAUGUGCUACUACUGCACGCAUCCGAGCCACGCAUGCACACAAACGCCACUGGACCACUAGCAUCUCCCCACAGACUGGACCCGUAAAGCCUCAUACGUGGACUAAAAAGAUUCCCCUUCAGACUGGAGAUGCCAAAUUAAUAAUUCUUUCACGCAGUUAACAUUAGCAUUUAAUAUCCAGUUAUUACACCACUGACACACAGUCUGAGAGCCAAGCAAAACAUGCUGAUCUAACUUUUAAUUUGUCAGCGGCAGACAAAGUGUUGCACCUUUUUAAUCAUGUUCCUUUGUGUAAACCACACACACACACCUCUCUGCAACCAGAUUCACCUAAUCCUGCCCGUUACGUCAUGGAUACGGAUCAGACCUGUGUGUUCUCUGUGGAACUCAGUAUACAACUGCUUUGCUUUGGCAAGUAUUCAUACAGUCAUUUGGGCACAGAUUUUUUUUCUAAAAGAACUAUAAACAAUAUUCUGUAAAGGAAGAUAUGAAACCUUCUAGAUUUGUGAAUCAAAUCCGUCAGAACAUCUCGUUAGCUUCAAACCUGUAGACACGAUGCACUGCAUGUCAGGACACAUGAGAUGAAGACAAAGGAAUCCUGUGCAUCACCUCACCUCACAUUUUGUCUUGAGGCACAGAUCAAGGAGAAAGUACCUUAACUUUAAAGUUAAAUGCUUGUAAUUGACUGCAAAGGAACUUCUACACAGUGAAUACUGGUUCACGCAUCAAGAUAAAUGGGGAUUCCUUUCAUUUUCAUACUUUGACAGGGCAGUAAAAUGUGAAGGUGUGAAUAGUUUCCAAAGCAACUUUAAUAUAAUAAACCUCCCUUUCAAUGUUUUUACAAAGCAGCUGUUCUGUAUGUUCCAGUGGCUCCAUGUAAAUAUUCCUUUCAUUCGUCCCUUGUGAAACUGGCCUUUCACAAACCGUUAACUGUACAAAGUUGUUUCUUUAUUUGUAGAUGAUACUAGAAAGCUGGUCUUAAAAAGCCAUUAAUAGCAGUUCAGAUAUUUAUAUGCUUGGACAUCCUGCAGUAGUCACUGGAGCUUCUCUUUAUUUUCAUAUUAAGUUGGUUGUGUUUGGCACAGCAGCGCUGGGGGCCGUUUGCGUCCUGCGGAGAAAACUUCAUGAUGCGAGCUCUUAAAAUGAAAAGAUGAAGAGCCCCGUGUUUAAACCGUGACAUGUUUCCAAUGUAAAAGAGAAGAAAAACAUGGUUGGAAUUCACAACUAACACAUUAUUGAUUUUCAUUAUUCUGUGUGCGCCUCACUUAUUUACAUCAAUAAACCGUGCAUAUAUUUUCUCACUGUA